UUAUAAAUUCUGUUUACUUACAUUCGUCGGCGAAUGAUACACUUGCGAAGCAGACCAAAAGGUCCAAUAGAAACCAAUGAAGAUUGUACAUGCUUUAAACACGACGCUUGUUAGACAAAAUGAAGUGAGUUUUACUGAACUGAAGUGAAACGAACGUCACCUGCAAGCGAAUGCUACUGUUGACUUUUUUGCAAAGUGACGCAGUUUUUAUUCGAAAUUAAGAGUGUAAACAAAAACAAAGAAGCGCAAAGAACUCUAAAUGGCUAAAAUGAAUGCUUAAAUAAAUCUAAAUGCGGCGAUAAGUAUCAACAACACUUAGCGCUUCCAACGGUUUCACAGUUACUAGGCGUGAGCUACAUGAGAGAAGUAGUGAGAUAGUGAGAAAAGAGAGUUGCUUGCAUGGAGUGUAAGUUGAAAGUCAAAAAUGAGCGCCAAGAAUAUAAACUCGAAAAUUUUUGAAAACACGUAAGGCAAGCUUCUUAUUUAUUGCCGAAAACAACGACUCCGAAAAUCGCUUAGACACUACGACGACUGUAGUGUAUUUCGUAAGCGUCACUAACCGACCUAUAUAAAUACGUGACUCACGUGCGAGUUCUACAGGUUUCUACUGCAUUAGUAAUCUAAUCAAGUCUAAUUGCCGAACAAUAACGCGCCGAUAUCCCAAUCGCAGCCAAUCCGCAGAAGGCAUCGCUACAUUCAACGCUAUAUGCAAAUUUCGACCGAUUAUAUAUAGCAAACGUAACGUUAUCGGAGAACGUCGCCUAUAAAAGACGCACCCGCAUGCACUCCACAAUAGUCUGCAUAAAAAUGUCGGCACUAACACAAAAAUUGUCGCAGCUCAUAGCAUUGCUGCUAUUGGUGGACACGCUCUCGAACUACAAUACUGCCGAAGCUGGGUUCAUGGGCGCUUGCGAUCUGACAGCAGAAAAUGAUGACUGCAUGGAAAGCGCUAUGCACCCGGAUUUUCCGACGAAACGCAUGCAUACCAGCAAAGCAUAUACCGAACCAGAGUUUACUAGCGACUUUUGGCUGGAGCUAAGUAAGAAAUUCGUGCGCCAGCAAGCGUCUGCGCAGCGCAAUAAGCGUGUAGCUAAGAAUGUUAUACUCUUUAUUGGCGAUGGCAUGGGUUUGACGACGUUUGCAGCGGCGCGCAAUCUGCUCGGCGGCCCCGAGAAACAACUGUCGUUUGAGAAAUUUCCAUUCACGGGCUUCUCGAAGACGUACUCAGUGAAUACAAUGGUUCCGGAUUCGGCGGUGACAUCCACCGCUUACUUGUGCGGCGUUAAGGGUAAUCACGGCACGAUCGGUGUUAAUGGCUGCGUUGAACGCACCAAUUGCGCGGGUAUGUCCGAUACGGAUAAUCACGUGCAUUCGAUUGCGAAGUGGGCGUUGGACGCUGGUAAAUCUGCCGGUCUCGUGACAACAACACGCGUUACGCACGCUUCACCGGCGGGUGUGUACGCGCAUGUAGCGGAUCGUGAGUGGGAGAACGAUGCAGUGUUGGCGGAUGAUUGUGGUGCCGAUUCGGGUUUAGCGGAUAUUGCGCAACAACUGAUCCACGGUGAGGUUGGCAAGCAGCUGAAGGUGAUCUUCGGCGGUGGUAAGCGCGAGUUUUUGGACAAGCAGUUCUUUGAAAAGGGCAAACGCCAGGAUGGACGCAAUUUGAUUGAGGAAUACCUGCAACAGUCUUCGGAUAAUGCUUAUGUGGAGACACGUGACGAGUUGUUCAAUUUGAAUUUGAAUUCUUACAAACGUGUGUUGGGUCUGUUCCAGCGCUCGCAUUUGGAAUAUCACUUGGACGCGGAGAACACGCAACCGACAUUGAAGGAAAUGACCGUGCGCGCCAUUGAGAUGCUACAAAAAGACGAUAAGGGUUUCUUUCUUUUCGUCGAAGGCGGUCGUAUUGAUACCGCGCAUCAUUCAAAUAUGGCGGAAUAUGCUUUGGAUGAGACUGUGGAGUUCUCAAAGGCAAUCGAAGCAGCGCGUAAAUUGACUUCGGAGGAGGAUACGCUCAUUGUUGUUACCGCUGAUCAUUCGCACAGUUUCAGUUAUGCUGGUUAUCAGGAUCGCGAUAGCGAUAUUUUCGAUGUCGCAUCAUCUGAAGCUACCGAUGACCUACCCUACCUAACGCUGAGUUAUGCCAAUGGUCCCGGUUUUAAGGAUUACUACAAUACAAAGAAAUAUAAGCGUCGUAAUCCAGAAAAAGUGCGCCCUGAUGUUGACACUUUCCCCGCCACAGCACCUUUGGAGAGCGCAACGCAUGGUGGUGAAGAUGUGGCCGUUUUUGCUUCCGGUCCAUGGUCACAUCUUUUUACAGGUGUUUAUGAGCAGAAUACUAUACCACAUAUGAUGGCUUAUGCGGCGUGCGUGGGCGACGGUUUGAAGGCAUGCUAAAUGAAUUUGUGUGAUUUAAUUUGGUUGGGAAAGCAAAAAAGAGAAAGCUAACAAACACUUAUUAAAAAUGAAUUAACGGAGAAUGUAAAAUAAUAACCAUAAGUUGUUGUCAUGUUGGAAAACAAGUGCCGUGUUAUCUACUAAUAAAAUGUCUUUAUGCAAUUAA